GCCCGCUGUGUCCGGCUGGAGCGCCCGUCCGCAGCCACAGGCGUCUGUCCUCCCAGCCCGGUGCUCCCACGCCUGAUCGGGGUUCAUGGAGCUGGGGCUGUGGCUCCUUUUCGGGGUCACAGUGACCUCCGCUGCAGGAUUGGUGCCUCGCCCCCAGCCUGGAGAUGCUGGCAGAAGCGGGGUACCCCAGGCCACUCCUGCAGCCAGAUCUGAGGGGGACAUCGAGGAGACUGUGGCAGCGAAGGCAGUGCAGGGUCCACGCCCCGAAAGCCCUGGGCAGACGCAGGCGGCCGAGGGAGGCCCCGUGCGCGGCAGAGCCCGGCGCUGCACGUGCUUCACCUACAAGGACAAGGAGUGCGUCUACUACUGCCACCUGGACAUCAUUUGGAUCAAUACCCCCGAGCAGACUGUGCCCUAUGGACUGUCCAACUACAGAGGAAGCUCCCGUGGCAGAAGGUCUGCAGGGCUGUUUCCGCGGAGCCACCAGCCCUUGAAGUGGACACCACGCUGCACUUGUGUGCAGGGCGACGACAGGGCCUGCGCACGCUUCUGCACUCGGACUCUGGCUGUCGGCAGGCAUUCAGGGACAGCAGGAAAACUGGACCGAGAAGCAGUGACUGCCAGCGGUGCCGAUGGACGCCAGCAUCCGAGGAGGUUGAAAUCAAGGACAGAGAGAGCAAGUAGGCUUUAGACCUCCACCAUCCAAUGCCAGCCCGGCAGCGGUCCUCCCCUCCCUGAGCUCUGCCUGCCUACUGCCCCCGCCUCUCAGGAGCCCUUUGGGAGAGGAGGCCAGCAGCGUCCUGUGUUAGGAGGCCUCAGUCCUGCUCCGACUCAGUUCACAUUCCCACCUCUUUGAAGACAAAGAAUGAGUUCUGCCUGGGGGAGAAAACCCACCCAAAGGGUCCUCACCUAACAAUUCACCCCUACACCAAGAAUGCCCCAAUCCAAAAGGUCCCGGUUCCCACAACGGGAAAAUGAUCGCAGAUGUGCCCUGGGGCCUGCUGCUCGAGGCUUGGGUUUCAUGCAGGAAAUUGGUUCGGGAGAGGUACGGCACGUUGCAAAGCCAGUGGCUGGCUUUCGACUUGACUUUUCCACUAGACAUUUGCGAACUUCUUGCAAAUGUAAACACGUGUUGUCUUGUAACAGCUGCUUCGAGCAGCGGGAGCAUGCUGACGGCUGGAUCCUCACAGAUCAUAGGUGCGACGACGUGGACUAGUGUGGGCCGCCGGACAGCAGCGGCGAUAGAAGCGGAUGCUAGAUGUACAGGAGUCGAUGAGCUUGAGGAUAUAGACAGAAGUUUUCAUCUGUGCUUGUACCCACCAGAAGAAUAUAUCUGAAAAAAAAAAAGGAAGGGUAAAAAAAGAGAAACCUUGACGUUGUGACGAGAAAAUGAGAAAAUUCAUAGCUGUGGGUUUUGCACUAGGGGACAGGCAGCAGCCUGCGUGUUCUUGUCCAGUUGACUGACUUUCUGGGCCCUUUGCAGACGGCCAGGCCCGUGCACCAAAGGCCUUGUUUGCAGGAAGUCACUGGAAAGGCAGCCCCAGUUCAGGGCUAUGAGGGGCGAUCUCGUAUUUGCUUUCAUGAAUAAAUGUGUAUCUUUGGAGGAAUGGUUUCAAAAUAAGCCACACACAGCCUUUGUAAAUUAUGUAAAUUCCUAUUUAUCUGUAUAAUUGGCACCAACUGGGAGUGGUGACGCCUGACGGUCCACCGUCCCUUUCAGCUGCGCUCUUGCAGCCAUGCUGAAAUGACUGUGAGUGUCAAAAGG